AUGGCUCCUCUCCACGUCUGGCUUUCUGCUGCUUUUGCAUUCUGUGGAACAUUUGCUGGGGCUGCAUCAGUGCAACCACAGAACGUACCAAAAUCUGUGGCUGCAAGCUACUACUCAUCUUUCUGGAAUGACGGAAAGGCAACCGUCAAAUACAGCAAUGGAGCCAAUGGACAAUACACAGUCAACUGGUCUGGUGACAAGGGUAACUUUGUUGGUGGAAAAGGAUGGAACCCCGGUGGCAACAAGGCUGUGAAUUAUUCUGGAACAUUUGAGCCUGAUGGAAACGCGUAUCUUGCUGUUUACGGCUGGACCACCAACCCGCUGGUUGAAUACUAUAUCAUCGAAUCAUUCGGAACCCACAAUCCCUCAGAUACCCCAGAAGCAACCAGCAAAGGAAAUAUGACCAGUGAUGGGGGUGAAUAUGAGAUAUGGACCAAGAUGCGCAAAAAUAAACCCAGUAUCCAGGGGACUGCAACAUUCCCACAAUUCUGGUCCAUACGGACUGCGAAACGCGUCGGUGGUACCGUCACGACUGGCAACCACUUCAAGGCUUGGACUGACGCCGGUUUGAAAUUGGGCACACACAACUACAUGAUUGUUGCAGUUGAAGGCCAGGACAGCAGUGGGACAGCUGCAAUAAACGUUGGGGUUGCGCCAACGGGUUCUGUUGCGGAGACACCCACUGCCGCCCCAACUACAACGUCGACUGAACUAUCAGGUGCAGGCGCCACGUUGACCAGUACAUACCUUGGAUAUCCAACACGAAACACUACAUGA